GACCGCUUCCUCCUGUAACUAAUAGCUAAAACAUGAUAACUCGACGAUAAGCGGGUACGCGCGCAAUAUAAAGGUUUGAGUGGUGAAGACUGUGACGUGCACAUCGUGCAACGUCACAAUGUAUAACGUUAAUAGCCAACUAUAUUUCUCAUUUACUCUUUGAUACAGUUCCGUUUAUUUUAGUUACAACACUCGCGUUUCAGUAAGUGAUUUAUGAGUAGUUAAUUGGACGCACGUGUCCGCUAAGAUGGUAACUAGCGACUGCCCGCCACUCGUCGGAAAGGCGGGCGCUUUAUUCGCUCGGUAUUGCUGACUUAGUUGUCAGCGUUUUUUAUAUCGCGAUCAAAGGUCUAACGGGCAGGUAAUGUCCGGGAUGACCAUAUUUGGUCAUUCCCAAAACUUGUGCAGGUCUUCGCGUCAGCGGUAUUCGUCGCUAGGGUCAUAUUUCCGAUAGGAGGCAACUCGGAGUUGCCAAGUGCAAUACUUAAUCUCUAAUUCGUUGUGCGCUCACAACAUCCCUUCCCCCGCGGAAAAAGAAAAACUGAGGUAUUCGAAGUUUUUUGUUAUUUAUUUAUCUGUGUUUUUCUUUUCCUUGAGGGGUUAAGGUACCAUUUCAUGCGCAGUGUGCAGCCGCAGCAGUUCGCUGUGAUUGGUUGAAAAUUUUUUAUAACAUGACACACUUCCGGCGCAAAAUACAUUUUACCGCAUCUCGUUCUUCUGUUUUGAAGUUUAACCAAACGAACAAAGAGCAGCAAAGCUGGAUUCCGUCCAGUCGCUCGAAGUCAAAGUCAGGAAAGCGAGCAAUAUUUACAUACGUACUUGGUGUAGUGUUUGCAACAAAUGUUAAGGAAUUAAUGUAUAAUUGAGAGAAUGGCGUUCAAUGAGAUAAAACGUGUUAAUACUUGUGGAAUUUGUGAAGAAAUUACGGAAGAAUCAUUAAUUUCAAAUCAUAAAUGCUUGGAAGGAUAUAAACGUUACUUCACUGAUGGAAACAGAUAUUUUUAUCCAGUAUGCGAUAAUGGAUUAAUAAUGCGACGAAGUGCUAUGGAUAAUGGUGUAGAAAGCAUUGUACUUGAUGAGCCAUCGAGUCAUCCAGAAAAAAAUACAGGUGAACAUGGUGCGGUUGAAGAACCUUCUUCAGUCAAUAAUUCUUCUGAUUCAACGGAAUUAGAAGAAUUGCUUAUAGAAGAGGUUUCAAAAUGGGAAGCAUUAUACAAUUAUAAUCUACCUUUAAUACAACGUAAUAGAACAAUAACUGGUGAAGCAUGGAAAGCGGUUUCGGAAGCUCUGCAAGGACGUUUGAAUCCAAAAGAAGCUGCAAAAAAAUGGAAGAUAUUACGAGAUACUUAUUAUCGUAAACUGGCGGAAGAAAAAUUACCUAGUGGAUCAGGACGACCUACUACAAAGCGAAAAUGGAAACAUUUUGAUCAGUUGGAUUUUUUGCGCGAUGUAUCUUUAAGAAAAAAAACAACUUCAAAUCUUUCUAACGAUGAGGAAAAUGAAGAAAAUAUUCCACCGAUUCCAAAGAAAAAUCGAUCUUCAACCCUGUCAUCAGAAAGCACAGAAUCAAGUGUUGCAAUCAACAAAAUUGCAGAUGCAAUUACAACAAUGAACGCUAUCUCCGAGCCUAUUAAAUUACCAGCGUUACCACCUUUAGUAAAGCAAGAUGAAGUAGAUGGUCUGUUUCUAAUAAUGGGUACACAAAUUCGGAAGCUGCCAGAGAAAGAAAGAAACAACCUUAUAUUUGAAAUGAUGUCUUUCUUCAGAGAAAAAAUAUCACGUCUUUCUCAUCUUUUGUGA